CCGCUGCACUGCAUGCUGCACGAACAAUGGAAGAAGGAGAAACUUACAGUAGUGGCGAUUACGCGUUUCUUUCCUUUGGCAUCAUGUUUGUUUCUUGUUCGUCUGUCAAAUUUUGAAAGACAACGAGGAGAGCGGGAGAAAUAGCUAGUUGUCUUCGUCAUAGAGUGAGUGGCAGACCGGAAAUUGGCCCGCGCGCAACUGGAGUACUUUGACCUGACUCCUGAGGUCACCGCUUGCACGCUGUAGUGUUGCCCGCAGGUCUAGUGUGGAACUGUGCUAGCUGGGCGCAGUGUGCACUAGGGGGAAGGUUGUGAACUGCUCGAUCUUACAGGGAGAGAGGGCAUCUUCGGCCUCCUCUCUUUUUCUAGACCAGAGCAUCGUUCACGCUGUGACCUUCGCCCGGUUUAGUGCAUGCACGGCCGUGAAGUGUCGGGACGUCUCCAGCAAAUUCUGAGUAGUUCUCUGGUCGGACCAGGGCUUCUCUCUGCCUCUGGUAGUGACUGUGAGUUACCCGUGCUGCUCGGCCGGUGAAUUGCUGGCCGGCGCAGUUUUACCGCUCCCUCGUUUCCCCUCUGCUGUGCUGCUGCUGUCGUUGGGUUGUGAAGCCACCGCUAACACCGCGUCAGCUUCAACUCGGUUCUCUCUAGCUCUGUUCCCUCUUCGUACACGGACACACGUGCAUUGCGUGCGCCGGCUCUGUAGCGGUGUACUCCUUGCAAGAGCGUGUGUUUCAUGCAUAUAAGAAGCAGGGUGUUACACUUUUCCAGAGCGACCGCCGAAGUAGUCAGGAAUUUGGCGGUGGAGCGGUAGAGUAAGCUGGCAAGAUAGAGCAGUGUGCUUUGGAAAACUUUUAGAAGAUUCUGUCCUACACAUGCGAAAAGAGAAGAGGCAAUGGAUAAUCCUGUGGAACGAAGGAAGAGCAUGGACUCUGCCAUUGGUAGCCAUGUGGAGGUCCUCAAGGAGGGAACGGUUUGGAUUGCGACAACUUCACAACUACACAGAAGCAAGAUGAGUGAACGGUGGCUGACCCUGGCAAGAGAGAGCCCGACAUUGAACCUGAGUGGAGAUGUUAGCGAAAAUUGUGUGUUCUUGCAGUGCUGCAAGGUGAGCAACGGCGUGCAGCGCAAAGUGCAGGAGUUCGACUUGACCGACUUUGAGAUGGUGACGUCGGCGUACAGCUCCUCGUCGGGAGCACUGGGCCCGAACCGCUCAAUCAUCUAUCGGUUCUCGGUGCACUGCAACGCCAGUGGAAGCCAUGACUUCUACACCAAGGAUGAGCACAAUAUGCUGUCCUGGGUAGCUGCAUUGAAGCAGGCACUGACCAAGCCAGCAGAGGACCAAUCAGCCGACUUGUUUGCAGUGACAUUUGAGCGUCAAGGCCGGCCAAACCGCUCGGCGGGCAUGACACCUAGUGUUGCACGGCAAGCAUCGGCACUGCUCUGCAUCAGCAAGGAAACAAUCACUCUGCUGCACCCGCUGACCGAGGAGGCCAUAGAGCAGUGGACGGCGGACAGUCUGAGCAGCCUGUCGGUGAACUCCAACGCACAUGUGCUCCAGCUGCACAUCUGCGAUUCGUGUCAACCGCGUGACGGUGGCGUGUACACUGUGACGUGUCCGUCCGGCGCUCAGCAGCCUGCCUCGGCAAUCAUAUCCACGCUGACGCUGCAGUCGUGCAUGCGAAAGUCCGAGCGCGAGAUCAUGUGCGAAUUUCAGCACACGUGCGAGACAAAGUUUGGGAGUGAUAGUCGGCCGGAGUCUCGCUCAUCGGGGGCUUCAAGUUGGUGCGGCAGCUGUGGAAACCUCUGUGAAACGGCAGCACCCAUGCAGAUGGUUGGACAACUCAUGAAAACUUCCGCAAGACAACAGCUCAUGUCAAUCUACGAUCAAGAUGAGAAGCAGAAAGUGAGUCCGACCCGAAGCUUUGAGGAGAAGAAAAGCACCGAUCCGGACGGAUACAUGAUAAUGAAAAGUGAGGAGAAAAUGGACCGUGCAGGCACCAUGCCGACUGGGGGCUGCCCUUCACCUGCCGAGAAGUUCAGGCGCACCAAGAGUGCCACGUUCAGCAUUCACAACCGCCUGCAACGCACCAACCACCAGCAAGUUGCUGGCACUCGCAGCUGGAACACUUCACAGCUCUCACGGGAGACUGCCACUAAGGGAGAACCGACCUAUGUGGAACCGGCUCAGCUUUUGUCCAGGCAUAGCCAUCUACCAGACAGCAUUCCACCGCUGAAGCCAUCCGUUGAGCGGACCGCAUCAGAGCAGAGCUCAACCAGUACUAGUACCUGUCCAAGUGAACACUACGCUACAUCGUUUGUUGUCAGCCAAGCCACUUCCGUCGCUAACCCAUCCACGACGGUUGAGAACAGCAGUAGUGGCAUCAGUUGUCACAGUUCCAGCAGUGCAGCAUCUGCCUCCGCUGCCACCAGCACUGCCGAUGGAGACAUGUCAGAGACAGAUGAGGAUGGCUAUGCGUUCAUGGCAUUCCCCGUGCCUGAGAAACGUCCACUCCAGCCGACCUUGUCUUUCAAAUACACCAACAAACCGCUACAGGCUGUCACUGAAGCGGAAGAUGCCAAUAAGGUAGCACACCGAACUCGCUCAUCACCGUCAAUGCUCGCCAACAGCAAUCGCUGGCAAAGUCGCACACACCCCGGUUACAAGGUGGCCAGAAGGGCGAGUCCAUCCUUCAGUGAGUUGGAGAAGCGGGCGGCUGCAGCCAACGCCAAGGUACGGCAGCGCAAGGACGAAGAGCGUGGCUACAUCACACCAGAGCCUGUGCUCCACCCACGCCGACACCUCACAUCAACAUCUUCCUCUGCCUCGCUGCCACUGCCACUAGACUAUUCUGGCAAGGCGCCGGAGGAGAAUUACAUGCGCUUCUCGUGCAACGGAAGCAGCGGGGAGCAUGCCAAGACGAGUGCAUCGGGCAGCCCUGACAGCGGAAUAGGACAGGAUUCACUGGCCAUGGGGGAACAGGAUCAAAGCAAGGCCAGCAAGGUAGCCGUCAUCAAAAAGAGGGUCAGACAAAGCAACGCUCUGCAGAAGUCCCGCUACAAUAGUGGAGAGCCGACACAUGUUCUUUUGUCCCAAGGUGACCAGCUGCCACCACUGCCACCAAAGCCUGCAGAUCUGUCCCCCGUCGCCACGGACUCUACCGCACCCGAAUUACCACCAGACCGGCCAAGCUCUGCAUCCCCAGUGCCCCCUCGACCUCCCAAGCCUAGUGUCAGCCCAAUGCCAAGCAGCCAGGGCCAGUAAUUACCAACUAUUAGAACUAUCAAGUUUCUAACUGUUGAACAAUGACACGCUCAAGACACUACUGAUGAACAGCACAUAUCUCACAAUUGAAUAACGUGUGGUUCUACGUGUGGUUCUACGUGUGUAUUCCUCAUUGACUACAUGUAUUCUAAGCGUUGAUGACUGUAACACCAGAACUAUAGACUGUGAACAGCUUGAGUACCACAGCCUCCUUUCUGAUGGUGAUAGGAGUUCUAAUUUACCAGAGUAUGAUGAGUGAUAGGGGUUCUAACUUACCAGAGUAUGAUGAGUCCUCAAGCUAUGUAACAGAGUUGAUUGUUCUUUAUCAGCUGGCUGAUCAGAAUGACAUGUUGCUUCUUAUUCAACUGCUUCAAAACGGACACUUUGAAGUACAUGUACAUGUCCUACUCCGUAUUUAAGGCAUGUAAACUCGUGAUAAUUAUUAUCGAUGACAGAAUUGAGACAAAACUGCCCUGAUCAUACUACUGCCGUGCUUGCGGCUACAAUACCCCAGGUAUAUCUUUUCAAGACAACUCCGGUAGUCCGGGGCUUCUCUUUCAGAGAGGGCUUUA